AUGGAUAAGAGGCUAUACAACAUUAGCCUGUUAGGCUUAUCGUUCCUGUUUCUUUUCGCUGCAUAUCAAACUAUAGGAAAUAUCGAAGAAACUUUACUGAAAAGUGUGCAAAAUGAGUAUCCUUCAUUUACCGGCGAUGGUUAUACUAGUUUAUCAAUUAGCUAUUUUGUAUUUGCAAUGGCUAAUUGGAUUUCUCCAUCAAUUGUCAAUUACACGGGAUGUAAGAUAGCUAUGAUUAUAGGAGCAGUUUGUUACACUAUGUUUUUAGUAUCAUUUCUCUGGCUGUCUUCAUUUUUACUGUAUCUUAUGUCUGCUGUACAAGGUUUCGGUGCUGCAAUUCUUUGGACAGGACAAGGAACGUACUUAACACUAAACUCUGAUUCAUCUACAAUGUCUAGAAACACAGGAAUGUUUUGGGCGCUAUCGAAUUUGAGUAUGGUUUUAGGUAAUACAUUUGUGUCUUUGGCACUUCACAAUAAAAGCGAUUUUGAUGAACCAACCAGAAAGUUUAUCUACAUUGUGCUCAUAGCUGCAAGUGUAAUUGGUACAUCAUUAUUCUUACUUUUACGACCUCCCGUGAGCUCAGAUGGAACUGUGAAUGAACGAGUAGAAACAAUAAGUUUUGUUCAGGAAACCAAAAACACGAUGUCGCUAUUUUUAACCAAAGAAAUGCGUUUAUUAAAUAUAACAUUUUUUUUUACUGGUUUACAUUUGUCAUUCUAUGCUAGUGUCUAUAGUUCGAGUAUUGGAUUUACUAAAAGAAUGGGUUCCAAUAGUAAACAGCUUGUGGGAUUAUCUGGAGUAUUGAUUGGCGUUGGCGAAAUCCUAGGAGGUUUGAUAUUCAGUACUUUGGGUCAAAAGACUUUUGACAACAACACUAACUCGAAAGGAUUAAGUCAUUCAGCAGUAAUUCUAUUAGGUUUUAUCGUAAAUAUCGUUGCAUACGGUUUGAUAUUUAUAAAUUUACCGAACGACUCACCAUUUGGUGAUACAACUGCCAAAUCAUUUAUUGAUCCCAAUCAGUACCUAGCAAUUUUCUGCAGUUUUCUUUUGGGUUUUGGCGACAGUUGCUUCAAUACCCAACUUUACAAUAUAAUUGGACUAAGGUAUUCUGAAAAUAGUGCUCCACCCAUGGCCUUGUUCAAUUUCAUGCAGUCAAUAGCAGCCGCUGUGAGCUUUUACUAUAGCAAUUACUUUGGAAUAUAUGUCCAACUAAUAUUAUUGAUGGCCUCAUUAACUAUGGCUACUUUGUCGUUCUUCAAAGUGGAUGAAUCUAUUGAUAAACGAUAUUAUGAAGAAUUAUAA